AUGUGCUGCAGUGCCCGAUGUGUGCAACGUUACGCGGAAGAACUGUUCAACUGUCUUUCCAUCGAUGUAGAACUAACCAAAACGGUCAAGAUUUAUACCAUUUUGAAGAAGCUCAAAAGCUGAAGAGAAUUAAUAAGAAUUAUAAAAAGACUUCUAAGAAGACUUUGUGUACUGAGAUCUUCGAAUCUUCGAAACGAACAACAACUCCAGAAGAAGAAGAAGAACGUCCAGAGACUUAUCUCUAUAGAUGUACUAACGAAAGAGAGAGAGAGAGAGAGAGAGAAAGAGAGGAAAGAAGAGAGAGAGGAUGCUCGUUUAGUCUUUAAUAGCCCGGUGAUCCUGCCGGUAAUUUUUUUUCUUUUUCCUCCUCCUUCAAAAGGAGCGGAAACGCGCGAGCAACGCGAGGAAUUCGAGGCGGAACGCUUUGGUAUACAUUAAACGUGUUGCCGCGAUUGGAAAGCGUCACGUUUCGCUUUGCAACGACGAUUACGUAAUCGGCCGAUCGCGGAAAGUAAACAGCGAUUAAUCGCGAGACGCGUCGCGAAACUUGACAAACGUCGUAACUGCACGACGGGGAUUCGUCGAUUGUUGUUGUGACUCGUCGAGGAGACUAUGAAUCCGUUGCGGACGACUCCUGCAAACGCUGUGACUGCACGCUUCGUUCUAUAAUCCUUCGCUCUCCCGUCGGAUCCAGCUAAGUUGUUGGACGAUCAAUUUGCGUCAUUAAGUUGAUUACGCAGAUCGUUCGCGGUUCGUUUGACCCCGAGGAACUCUUGGAAGUCGGACGAGAGACUUCAGUUUGUAAACCUGGAAAGAGGAGAGAGACGAAACGAAGUGUUGAAAUUAUUUUCUGGAUAAGAAGAGUGAAACUAUUGAAGACUCUCAUUGCGAAGAAUUUUGAAGAAACAUUCAUACAUAAAACAUUCAUAAAGAAAGCAGAAAGUGACAGAAAUUAAAUAUAUUUCUCUUUGUCUGUGCAUACAGUUAUAAUUCAAGGAAAUUAAACUGUGAAGAGACAUGUCCGAGUUGGACUUGUUAAAUUCUAAUUGAUGCAUUUAAAUUGGAAAUGAAUUCGUGAUAGUGGUAUGUAAUAAAGAGUGAAGAAUAUAUUGAACAUUGUGAAUACAUGUUUCUUCUUUCUCCAUAGAGUUAUAAUCUAAGGGAAUUAAACUGUGAAGAGACUUAUUUGAAUUGAAUUAAAUUUUAGUUAGAUUUUUAGUUAGAAAUUUUAAAUUGGAAAUGAAUUCAUAA